UUUUGUAGAAGUCCCGUCAAUGCAAACACGGAAGAGGCAUGGUUACAAUCUCUAUAAUUACAAUUUAGGGUGACCAUAUGUCCUCUUUUGGGACGCAUUUUUUAGCCAUACCUUGGCAAGGGUAAACAAUUUAACCAGAAAAUUCAGACGAUGUAGGUGGAAAUGAGCUACAGUGGCUAUUGCACAACUGGAAGUAAAAUUGCACAGAUCUCAGAUCUACAUUUUAGUUUCACUUCCUCCGAACUAGCUGGGCUCACUUUCAUAGAUGACCUGGAUGUUCCCUCCCCUUGUCCACUAGGGACAGGAAGGGGUGCAGAAGAGCAUGCUUUGGGACAGUGGUGCAGGGGGUCCCCUUGGGGGCCCCAAAUCAACAUGCAGGCUGCUGACGGUGUACAGGGAGCUGCUGGUGGGACAGGUGAAGAACACGCAGUGCAUCUUGGACAACUUGCAGCGCAGUGGCUUCUUCUGUGCCGAGGACACCGAGAUUAUUCUGCGUUCUGCAACAAAGACUGACCAGGUGCGUAAGAUCCUGGAAUUGGUCCAGAGUAAAGGGGAGGAGGUCUCUGAAUAUUUCGUACACAUUCUGCAUGAGGCCUAUGAUGCGUUCAUUGACCUACGGCCCUGGUUUAAAGAGAUCCAGUAUGAGCCUUCCAGUUCAGUGCGGGAAAUACCAGUGAUCAAUACUGAUCCAAUCAGUAAGUAUUGCGAGAAGCUGCGUCAUGAACUGGGCCAGGACACCCGCUUCAUUGCUUCAUAUGCCCAGAAAGAGGAGACUCCUUUAGAGGACCUGUACAUGGACACUCUGAUGGAGCUGCUCAGUGACAGGAAUGAGGGCCUCGGCUACCUGGACACACUGGACGAGCUCCUAGGUGAACGGGGCGUCUUCAACGAGCACGCCGAGACCAUCUUUGUCACAGGUGACGCUGGCGUGGGCAAGUCCAUCUUGCUUCAGAAGCUGCAGAACCUGUGGUCCAAGAGGGAGCUUCCUGCCGCUGGUGCCAAAUUCUUCUUCAAGUUCCGCUGCCGAAUGUUCAGCGCCUUUAAGGAAUCAUACGAGAUCUCCCUGAGAGACCUCCUUUUCAAGCACAACUGCUACCCAGAUGGUGACCCAGACGACGAGGUCUUUGGCUACAUACUGCGCCACCCUGAGACGGUGCUCUUCACUUUCGAUGGCUACGAUGAGAUCCACCCUGACUUUGAUUUGGACAAGGUGCCCGAAGUGGUCUCGCCUGAGGAGAAGGCCCAUCCUCUAAUGCUGCUCUCCAACCUACUGAGUGGGAAGCUGCUCAAGGGGUCCUGGAAGGUUCUGACAGCCCGGACAGGCACCGAGAUCCAGAGCCGGGUGAUCCGCAAGAAGGUGGUCCUAAAAGGAUUCUCGCCAGAAAACCUGCGGAGGUACGCAGCUCUACACUUCCAGGAGAGGGACCAACGGGAAUUGGUGAUGGUGCAGCUGGAUGCCAGCCCCCACCUCUGUGGUCUCUGCUCCAUCCCUCUUUUCUGCUGGAUCACCUUCAAGAGCUUCAAGCACCUUCACAUGAUGUAUGACGACUUUGAGCUGCCGGACACCUGCGUCACCCUCACCAGCGUCUUUCUGCUGCUGUGCGAAGUUUUCCUUGGCCGCUCCUCCAGCCCUGGCUUGUUGAAAAGGAGUACCAGGUGCCCAGCUGACACCUUCAGAGGGAGGGGCCCCACUCUGGGGGCUUUCGGAAAGCUGGCUCAUCUCGGGAUGGAGAAGGGAGGCUUUGUUUUCAACCAGGAUGAGGUGGCCUCUUGCGGUAUCAGUGAGGAGGACCUGCAGAUGGGAUUCCUGAGGCCGGUUAGCCACUACGACAGCUGCGGAAACCCCGCCACCUACGAGUUCCUGCACCUGACACUCCAGUCCUUCCUGGCUGCAUUAUCCCUGGUGCUGGAUGAGAGCACGGGCUCAGAGGGUAUCCUGAAGUACUUUGCUGAGUGCGAGUAUCGAAAAUCGUCCCAUUUCCCUUUGUGCGGUUCCUGCCUGGGGAGCUCUAAGCCCCGCGGGAAGGACCCAUUCCAGACUAACGAGCACCUCCAGUUCACCAACCUCUUCCUGUGUGGGCUGCUUUCUAAAUCUAGUGCCGCCCUGCUGGAGCACCUGAUGCCCCCGGCUUCGCUGAAGAAGAAGAGGGAGGUCCUCAAGUCCUACCUGUCGAGCAGUGUGAAGUCGCACAUGAAGGGCCUGCCCCGGCACACCACUGACACCGAGGGCAGCAAGGUUCACGUGAUGCCCAACUUCCUGUGGAUGCUGCGGUGCAUCUUUGAGAUGCGCAGCGAGGACGUGGCCCGGCUGACAGCUAGGGGGAUCUGCGCGGAUUACAUCAAACUGGCGUACUGCAACAUGUUCUCUGCCGACUGCAGUGCGCUCAACUUCAUCCUGCACCACCACCGCAAACGCCUGGGCGUGGACAUGGACAACAACAACAUCAGUGACUACGGCGUGAAGCAGCUGCAGCCCUCUUUCUGUAAGAUGACUGUAGUCAGGCUGUGUGUCAAUCAGAUCACAGACAACAGCAUAGAGGUACUGGCCAAAGAACUGAUAAAGCACAAGGUGGUCAAGGUUUUGGGGCUUUAUAAGAACCACAUCACUGAUGUUGGAGCCAACCUGUUAGCACAGGUAGUAGAGGAGUGCCCCCAUCUAAGGACUCUUAAACUUGGGUGCAAUAAGAUCACAAGCGUAGGAGGUACACGGCUGGCUAGUGCAGUUCACAAGAGCAAAUCCAUCUUUGAUGUUGGAAUGUGGGGGAACACCAUCGGGGACGAAGGCGCAAGAGCAUUUGCGGAGGCCCUGAAGAAUCACCCCAGCUUGACCAAUCUCAGCCUGUCUGCAAACGGCAUCACAUCUGAGGGUGGAAGCAGUCUGGCAGCUGCACUGAAGGAGAACACUUCUCUUCACAUUUUCUGGUUGGUUCAGAAUGAGCUUACAGACGAUGCUGCCUCUGACCUUGCAGAAGCAAUCAGAGUCAACACUGGACUAACCCACCUCUGGUUAAUUGACAACCGGUUGACAGUGCAAGGAGCCAGGCUGCUGGCUGAGGCCCUGAAUCACAACACGUCCCUCAAAGAGAUCUGUAUGAAGGGAAACCAGCUCUCAAAGGAGGAAGAAACAGUGUUUGAGGCGGAGACCAGGCUGCGGUUCUGCUGACCAGGGAAUGUGCAGAUGCCAGAGAGGCCUCUUGCUACAGAGGGGGGUGUGUGGAUGUGUGUGUAGGAUGGUAAAUGUAGGUGUGUAGUGUGGUAGGCUGAUGGAGAAAGACCAAGGACUGUGUUAGGGGAGCUUUCCAAUCUAAUGGAAGAGUGUAUAUGAGAACGUAUGGGUAGACACAUAAGGUACAUUUGUAGUGUAUGCGGCUGUAUGGAGUGUGUAUAUAGGUAGAGAGGUGGGGUGUGUAAUAAAUCAGUGUUGGGGGUAGGUUGCGAUGUGUAUGUGUAAGUGGAAGCUAAUAGGUUAUAUGUCUGAGACGUGCGGGUGUAGAUUAGCUCUGUGUGUGUAUGUGUGUGUGUGUGUGUGAACAUCAGAGAUAUUCACGGUUUCUCUACAUUACACUACCCAGAAUCUUAGUGAUCCUACUAAUCCUACAAUCCUGGGAUCAGAAAAGAGGGAAUUCUGCCCAGAUUUGAUAACAUUCCAUUAUGGCUGUAGUAAUGUACACGGACAUGUCAGGAGACAACAGCUGUCUUCUGCUGUCUUUGGUUCAUUUAUCUGUAAGAAUGUUAUUGUGGAGUAUGGUUUACUGUCUAUGUUUACUUUCAUCACAACAGAAAAUAGAGUUGUGCUCUUUAAAAAAUGGUGUUCUCAUUUUCAGAUGUAUAGGUACAUGUAGAAGUACACAGAGUUGAGAUGAGGCUGUCAGAUGUAUUAUUUUGAAUAUAUUGCUUUUGUGCCAGCUUUGUACAGUGUUAAACAUUAAUAAACUUACUGACCAUGACUAAGGCAGUCAA